CGCUCCUUACCGCUCAGCCUGUGGAGGGGGGCGAGGACAGCGCCGCGGGCGCCGCGCUCUUGCUCCUGCGAGGCGAGAAGGGCCGCCGCGGCCGAGGGAGGAGGAAUUACCCUGUGGGGAGAAAUGGAACUUGCCACCGGUCGCCUGGGAGGCGGCGCUAGCGCAGCUGGCUCCGCGACGGGAGGCUGGUCGCUAAGCGCUCCGGGCCGGUAGCGGCGCCCGGGAGCUCCCAGCACAUCGCGUGGGCCUCGCGUCCCUUCCCCCCGGCGGCUCCUCCGCCCUAACGCAGUGCGGCGGGAGGCCCGGGACCGGGGCGAGGCUCCGUAGCCAGCUUCCCCGCGGGCUCCGCGGCCGGCGGAACCGCCGCCGCUCCCUGUGGAAGCGCCAGGCGCUGUGGGGGGACCCCCGGGGGAAACCCCUCCACCGAGCGGUUACUGUUCCAGCUUUGGGGCGGCAGGAAAUAGUACGGAGCCUGCCCCGGGGUAGGCGGGGGGUGCCCGCGGAGGCUCCUCGACAAGAGCCAGUGCUGACGCGGGCCGGCCCCAGGGAGGCGGCGCUGCCGGGCAACGGCCGCCGGUAGCGCACGGGGCCUCCGCUCGGAGCCCGGGAGCGGCCGGAAGUGGGGGCGGUGGGCGGAAGCGGCGCUCCUCACCGCGCUCACCAUAGAGCUGGCGGGGAAGCGCCGCGCCGUCCUGAGGCUGCGGCAUUUCCGGCAGGCGGUGCGUCACAUCCGGGCGGCUGAGAUGCCGGUUAAAUUGAAUAUUUGUGCAACACAGCUUCUUGCAGGAGGACCACCACACUGUUUUACCACUUAGGAAAAUAUGAGAAUAAGCAGGGAGCGUUGUUCUCUCUGAACUAACAAACCAUUCAGUGCCUUGUUGAGGACAGCUGCAGGAAUCGGACGCUGGAAUCAAUGUUAUCGGAUGAGUUAGAAUCCAAACCUGAGCUGCUGGUUCAGUUUGUUCAGAAUACUUCUAUUCCACUGGGGCAAGGGCUGGUGGAAUCUGAACCAAAAGACAUCACCUGUCUUUCUCUCCUUCCUGUAACUGAGACCUCAGAAUGCAACAGACUCAUGUUGCCAGAUGAUGAAAGAGAUCUCACUUCUCCAAGUCACACUAAUUCUUCCAAAGAUGUUUCUUCAUCUGCUGUCUUGAGAAGUCUCCAGGUAAAUGUGGGCCCUGAUGGAGAGGAAACAAGGGCACAGAAUGUACAGAAACCAUCUGAACUUCUGUCAACUCCAGAGACUUCCAGUUUAUUGCAAGACCUCCAGCCCAGUGACAGCACUUCAUUUAUUCUUCUCAACCUAACAAGAGCAGGGCUGGGGUCUCCAGCAGAGCACUUGGUGUUUGUUCAAGAUGAAGCAGAAGAUUCGGGGAAUGACUUUCUCUCUCAUGAUAGCACAGACAGCAGUACCCCAUGGUUCCUACGAGUGCAAGAAUUGGCCCAUGACAGUUUAAUCGCUGCCACUCGGGCACAGCUCGCUAAGAAUGCCAAAGCAAGCAAUAAUGGGGAAAACGUUCAUCUUUGCUCAGGAGAUGGGCAGGCAAAAGACUCUAGCCCUAUUCCUCAUUUAUCUCGCAUGGAAAGGAAGCUCAAGUGCACAGUUGAGGGCUGUGAUCGGACGUUUGUGUGGCCAGCUCACUUCAAGUAUCAUCUGAAAACCCACCGGAAUGACCGCUCCUUCACCUGCCCAGCAGAAGGCUGUGGAAAAAGUUUCUAUGUCUUGCAGAGGCUGAAGGUGCACAUGAGAACUCACAAUGGUGAAAAACCCUUUGUGUGCACAGAGCUGGGCUGUGGGAAACAGUUCACGACAGCUGGGAAUCUGAAGAACCACCUACGAAUUCACACUGGGGAAAAACCCUUUCUGUGUGAGGCACAGGGAUGUGGUCGCUCCUUUGCUGAAUACUCCAGCCUUCGGAAGCAUUUGGUUGUCCACUCAGGAGUGAAGCCCCAUCAGUGCCAAAUUUGUGGGAAGACGUUUUCCCAGAGUGGCAGCAGAAAUGUGCAUAUGAGAAAACACCACUCCCGGAUUGGAACAGCUGGCGGCAGAGAGCGAGAACAGCCUGAGUCUCUAAUGGGCAGUAGUUUGCUGGAAGAAUCUACAGUGCAUAGUAAGAAUCUCAUGUCCAUGAACUCUCAGCCCAGCCUUGGUGUUGAGUCUCUGCACCUGCCAGACACUGAGUCCAUUAUUGGUGUAGAGGAGGGCGAAACCAGCUGCUCUUUCUUCCGCCCUCUCAUCUGUGGAGACUGAAGUGGGCUCCACUACCCGAGGUUCACCGCCGUGCCGUGGGACGGGCGCACUGCCGGCGCGUUAGCUGUGCGCAGAGCACGGGGGGAGAUGGACAAUCAGCCCUGGACUGGAGUAGAAGACCUACCGGACCAAGUUUCCCUCUUGCAGAGCUUAAAAGGCGAAGUCUGCUGCUUAGGUGUCAUUUAGCCCAUGUCGUGGAACGCCAUUUCAAAACUGUUUAUGCAGUCAUUCUCCUAAAGCCUAAAGUGUUGGUUUUGCUGGAGCACCUAGGAGCCCCCAGGUAAGGACAGGACCUGGUUGUGCUAGGCACCAUACAAACAUUCAGUAUCUUCAGGAACAGGCCUGCCUUCCAUCCUUGUCCUUCAGAGACUAUAUUCUAAUCCAUCUCACUGUCAGAAGCUGACUUACUAUCCAAAAUAAAUGUACUACUUGGUAUCAUUUAA